AUGAAGCCGGAAGCAACUGCGGGGCUGGUCGCUGCUUCAGCGCUGCUGGACUUCUCCAAUUCGGUCCAACAUCGACUUGACGCGUCCCCAGCAUCUGCCUGCUGUCGUGCUCUAUCCGACCAGGGCCUCGCAGUAUCCUAUCCGGAGUCUAUCACGUACGACGAGCGCACACGGUCGUACUGGUCGGUGGCCGCACAGUUGACCCCGUGGUGCAUUGUCCAGCCCGGUAAUACGCAAGAAGUAUCUCAAUCUCUUACUACGCUUCUCGCCGACCCCCAGUGCGGUAUCGCUGUGAGAGGCGGCGGGCACACAACCUGGGCCGGCGCCAACAAUAUUCGAGAUGGCGUCACCAUCGACCUCGGCAACAUGAACGCCACGACCUACCACCCGAUAAAUGCCACCGCGUCUGUACAGCCAGGCAGCCGUUGGUUACAGGUUUAUCAAACUCUCGACCCUCUUGGAGUAACAGUUCCCGGGGGUCGGGCGGGAACUGUCGGCGUGGCUGGGCUCAUCCUCGGCGGCGGUAACUCUUUCUACUCCGCGAAGAAAGGCAUGGUUUGUGACAAUGUUGUGGGCUACGAGGUGGUGACUUACACUGGCGAGGUCCUGUACGUCACCAGCGACACUUUCCCUGACUUGUUCAAGGUGUUGAAAGGUGGCGGCUCGAACUUUGGAAUUGUCACUAGGUUCGAUAUGAUGGCAUUCGAGUCCUCCCAAUUGUGGGGAGGCGCUGUCACAUAUAACACCACGGCUAGCGAUGACCUCCUGGAUUCCAUGGUUGCCUUUGUGGAUAAUGUGGAGAAUGACCAGGCGAGCUCCAGCAUUAUAUUCUGGUCAUACCAGCCGGCACUUAAGGACACGAUUGUCAUCGCUGCGUAUGAAAACACCGACGGGGUCGUGGCUGGACCGUCAUUCGACAAGUACCUCGCCAUUCCUGGAAACCUAAGCUCUACGAUGAGGGUGACAAAUAUUUCCGACCUCACCCACGAAUUGGAACAACCAGCUGGCUACAUUGAUAUUUGGUUCACACUCUCUUUCAAGAACGACCGACGCGUCCUCGAGCACGCGGUAUCAACGCACGCACAGCUGGUGAAAGAUAUGCUCGCCCAGUCACCCGACGGCGAUUUCAUCACCCAGUGCAUGUUCCAACCGCUCCCUACGAUAUUCGCAAAGCAUGGAACAGACCGUGGCGGGAACGUUCUCGGCCUUGACAGGAUCACUGAUAACGCGGUGCUAUGGCUCGCAACCCUGGCUGUCAACGGCGCCGAACAGGAAGAGUUUGGACGUGCGAAAAUGGCUGAGUGGGUCAAGAACGUGGAAGACUUCGCGAAGUCGGUCGGAUCUGAUGUCGACUGGAAGUAUCUCAACUACGCUCACAAUACGCAGGAUCCUCUUGCUGGUUAUGGCGCGCAAAAUGUGGCACUCAUUAGGGCGGCGGCGGCGAAGUACGACCCGGAAGGCAUCUUCCAGUCAAGGAUUCCGGGUGGUUUCAAGAUUUCGAAAACCCCCCGAGAAAACUGA